GUGGGCAUAAGUUUCCUUUUUCUAUGAACAUUCAGCUCACUCGACUCCGAGUGAUGGAAGACUGACGGUCGAGUUGUUCCGGGUUGUAUGUAUGCGCUUGUUUACGUAGGAAGCUGCUUACAUAAGCGGGAGUAGCCUUCUGCUUCUGGUUGGAGUUGCUGCACUGACUAAACUAUCUAAAUCACUAAAACAAAUGAACCACGAGGAUACGACGAGAACACUCCUCAAGAACCACCAGAGAACCUACAUAUAUCCCAGCAGAUGAAUCAUCCAGACCACUCGAUCGGCGAGGGCACGACUGCUGGACCUGAUAAGACUUCCGGCGAUGUAUCCCGAUUGGCUGGUCUCACCUUCGGAACAGACGAGGACAGCUUCCACAGUCAAGACUUCAAACAAAAACAGAAACAGCAGCAGCAGCAGCAGCAACAAACUGGAGGAGCAAACCAUCUAACCUUACGAGAACAGGAGAAAGUCAUAGAUGAAGUCAAAAAAGAAAACUUCAAUCUCAAGUUAAAGAUUUACUUCUUGGAAGACAGAUUGGCAAAACUAGCACCAGAUCAGGUCGACUUGGCGCUCAAGGAGAAUGUCGAAAUCAAGGUCGAAUUUCAAACGGUCAGACAAGAGCUGAAACGAUACAAGCGCUUACUACUCGAAGCAGAACGCGCCAUCGAGCUAGCAAAGACCGAGCGCGACCAACUCCUAGAACAAAAGUCGUUAUCCGAGGAAAGAACCAGUUCUGGAUUACAAGCUGAAAUGAGGAAGGCAAGAGAUCAACUGGCGAUCAAGGACAAGUCGAUCCAGAGUUUGGAAAGCGAGCUGCAGCGAUUGAAAGAUCGACUCGAACGAUUCUCCUCAAAAGAUAACCUAUCUAAAAUCGUGUCUAGUCACGCCUCCCGAAACCAUACUCGUCAUUCGCUCUCCAAUCAAUCCGUCGAUGAAUGGUCAAAUCAAGAACAGAUGAUGGAGAUCAAGAACCUCAGGAACGAGUUAACCGAAGAACGCCAGUUGAAAGAAGACCUCCUGGGUGAUAACCAAGAUCUGCGACAUCGAUUAAUCGAAACCAAGAACGCCUUACAGGAUACGCAAGAUGAGAUCCAACGAAUCAGCCGGGUCGAAGAACAUGGCUAUCGGAGCCAUCAGAUCAGCCGAGCUCAAAGUAGGUUCGAGGAAGAUCCGGACGACUACUUAAGUUCUGGUCGAAAAUCAACACUCACUUCGAUCUCCACCGGAGGAGUCUCGAACCAAAAGAUUAUCAAAGAAUUCAAACGAGAGAUCCAGGACUUGGAGAGACAACUACGCGAAUUAGAGAAUGAGAAUAUCGAACUGAGAUCUCAAGUCAAUGCUCAAGUCAAGAUGCUUUCGACGAAGAACUCAGAAAAGGAUAAGUUACAAGAUCAAGUCAUCAAUCUGAAGAGGAAGGUCUUAGACCUACAAGAUGAGUUAGACCAAGAUGCGCGCGAAUUUCAGAAGAUUCAACAAGCCGGCCACACCAGUCUCCAUGAUCAAACAGCCGAUGAAGUUCGAGAGGAAUUGAAUAUGUAUCGAGAUAAAUCAGCAUCUGCGAUGUUGACUUUGGAGAAGAGGGAGAAGGAAGUCGAUGAACUGAAUGCCGAGUUGGACGAUCGAGAUGCGAUUUUUAACGAUGAAGUGCAGAAGAUCACUCGACAAUACAACUCUGAGCUCGACGCCAUUAAAGCUGAACGAGAUGAAUUUCAACAGGUAUUAGAUGAACGAGAAGACCAGAUUGCUGAGCUCAGUGACCAGUUGAGGGAAGUCAUCAAUUUGCAGGAAGAAACCGAUAAAUCAUUGCGAGAAACGAGAAGCAAAUUGAAAGAAAAGGACAAAGAUUAUAACUUGGUUCUCCAAGACUUGGAAGCUGCGCAAACAGAUCUCAAGGAGAUUGGGGCCGGUAAUCGGGAACUUGCGGCGGAUGUCAACGAGAAGGAGCAGCAGAUCAAUGAACUGAACGCCGAGUUAGAUGAACUGGAGCAAGAAGCAUCAAACCGAGCGACGGUUCACGAGCAAGUGGUCGCCAAACUUAAACAGAAAUUAAACCACACCAAAUCGGAAUUAACCGAGCUUUCGAUCCAACACGAAUCGAGUCUAUCUGAGCUGAAGUUCUUGCAAGACAAGCACGAAGAACUGCAACUAAGACAGGCGGAGUUGGAGGAACGACGGAAGAAGGAGUGCGAUCUGAAGCGUAGAUUGGAGCGAGAACUCGACGAUCUCGAGCGCGAAUUGAGAGGAACUCGGGAGGAAAUGGACCUGCAAAUCAUCGCCUCGAAGAAGGAAAAACGCGAAUUACAUGCUUCUUUUCAACUGGCGCUCGACACUAAACAAAAGGCUUUAUCACAAGCGGAAAGUGACAUAGCCAGUCUGAAAGGGAAACUAGAGAUCCGAGAAGAAGAUAUCGAGAAGUUGGAAAAUAUGUUGAAACGAUUAGAGAACGAAUCAAAUCAAAUCAAUCAGUCUCAAUCCCACGAUAAGUUCUCUUUGGAACUCGAAAUCGAAAGGAUCCAACGAGACCUCCUCAAUUGUACCCAAGAAUCUCAAUCCUUCAAAGAUGAAAACGAGUCCCUUAAGAACCAAAUCUCUAAGUUCCAGGCCACUAUUUCUAGUUUGAAUUCUGAGAAAGAUGAGUUAUUCGAUAAGUUGCAAGGUGUACAACGGGCCCGAGAUUCCUUGAAUGAAAAAUACGAGGAACAGACCAAGAAUCUUCGCGAAACUCAAAACGAUCUAUCGGUCACUAAGAACCGCUUACAAUCCCUGGAGGAUGAAUUAGCCUCCGAUCACCUACAGUUGAACAAAUUCGAACAUCAAUAUAAGGAUCAAAUCAGUGAACGAAACACCCUACUGUUGACGAUUUAUCAGUACAUUGAUAAACUUUUGAGCAGUGGAUCGACUCAUAGGAGGAUCAGUAGUGCCCAUGAUGUCAAACCGUUCACGAAUUUUACGGUGUUUCAUGAAAGUAUCAUCAAUCGAUUGAAGAGCUUGGGGGCCAUGCAAUCCGGAUUUGACACGAAAAUCAAAGAAGUUGAGAAGAAGCUUGAGAAACAAUAUACUGCUCUCAAGAGACAGCAUGAUAGUAGGAUGAGACAACUCGACCAAUUCGAAACGACGAUGAAAGCAGCGACCGACACGCAACGACAAUGGCGUGCGCGACUGACGACGAAGCAAGGAGAAGUGGAAGCGGCGAGGGAGACGUGCAACGAGCUACAGAAGCAGAUCAGUUCGUUGAAGACGCGGGCCUCGAUCGCAGGCACGAGUCCGGGCUCGAUCACCGAGCCACGCCAGGCCUCGACCAAGCUGGCCAACCUCGAGAAGAAGCUUGCGGCGACUCAGAAUCAGCUCAAAUCGACCGAAGAAAAGUUCAACGAGGCGAAGCUCAAAGUCAGCGCCGUCGAGUCUAGUUGGCAGGCUCGACUCAAGGAAUUGCAGGAUCGGAAUAAGGAGCUCGAGGAGAAAGUCAAGCGCGAGAAAAAAUCGGCCGUCGAACGUAAGUCUCACCUCGAUCAUCAGCUCUCCGAUUUGAAGGAUCAGAUCGUCGCCUCCGAUCAUCGCUCUAAACAGUUGGAGGAACUCUUGAUCUCUCAUCAACAAAACAUUCAUCCUCAUGAGUAAUCAUUCUUAUCGAUACAUAUUUGGCUCAUCCAUCUUUCAAAUCUUGGCAAUAUCAUGUAAACAAUAAUUAUUAUCAUUCAUAUAUAUUUAUGUGCAGCCUCAUUCAAUGUACAUAUGUAAAAGCCUUUUUUUUCCUCCUUCCUUACUCAUUUUCCCAUUCCCUUUUUUUAUGUUCUCAUAACUUUCUCAUUUUUUGUUCUAAGCCUUUUUGAUGUUUUAGUUUUAGGUUUUCAAGUGUCAAGCUAGAGAUACCUUAAUUAUCGUCUGGAUGUCUUGUCAACGACUGAUCUCUUUCAGCAUCUUUCUUCUUCUUCUUCUUCAGUCUUGGCUUCUCUCUUGUUUUUUCUUUUUUUGUUCCUGAUGAUAUCCGCUGUGUUGUAUGAUUGACUUCCCUCUUACCUACCCUAACCAAUCUAAUUUUGUUUUUUUUUGUUCUUCUUCUCCUUUUUAUGGGGAGGGAGUGGG